AUGGAAUUUGCCAGAAAUGCCGGUGGUAUGCUUAUGCAUCAACGGAAAUAUACCCUUGAGCUCAUUUCUGAUUUGGGAUUGGGAGGAUCCAAACCAUCUGUCACUCCUGUUGAGCUGCAUUUGAAGCUUACCACACAUGAGUUUGAUCUACAUGUUGGAAGUUCAGGUGCUGAUUCUUUGUUAGCAGACCCUAGUGAAUAUCAACAACUAGUUGGAAGGUUGUUAUACCUUACCAUAAUAAGACCUGAUAUAUCUUUUGCAGUCCAGCAUUUGAGCCAAUUCAUGCAUGCUCCUAAGGCUUCUCAUAUGAAAGCAGCUGUUCGAGUGGUGAAGUAUGUGAAACAAGCUCCAGGUCUCGGCCUUUAUAUGGCUGUUCAGAUAGCAGACACACUUCAAGCAUACUGUGAUGCUGAUUGGGGCUCUUGCAUUAAUACUAGGAAAUCCAUUACUGGUUAUAUGAUUCAAUUUGGAAGUGCUUUGUUAUCCUGGAAGUCUAAAAAACAGCCUACCAUUUCCAGAAGUUCUGCCGAGGCAGAGUAUAGGAGCCUCGCCUCCACUAUCGCUGAGGUAGUUCAAGCUGGCCUUGUGAUGAUUCAAUAUUUGCCCACACAGGAACAACCUGCCGAUAUCCUCACAAAAGGGCUAAGUUCUGCACAACACGCUUAUCUAGUUUCCAAGCUAGGCUUGAAGAACAUCUUCAUACCACCUAGCUUGAAGGGGGGUAUUGAGGACUACGACUAUGAUAAACAAGUUGCAGCUAGUUGA